UAUACAUAAAAUCUACAUUGGAGAAAAGACAAAAUUGAACCAAGAAAAAACAUUUCCUAAAACACAUUAAGCUGAACUGUGAUUUAUUUGAUUACUUAACAGAAUCAACAGACUUCUUUGAAGACGGAGACAUAUCCAGGUUUCGACGUAUGCCUUGUAUGGCACACACACUUCAGCUUGCAUUGAAAGAUGCCAUGAAACAAUCAGGAGCCAGUUCUGCUGUUAACAAAGCCAGGAACCUUAUUCAUUCUGUCAGGAAAUCUUCGGUAGCAAAUGAGCAAAUGAUUAAAAGGUGUGGCCGAACACUGAUUCGUGACUGCCCCACACGGUGGAACAGUACACUUGACAUGCUGAAGCGACUUCUGGAAACUAAAGCUACACUUAAUGAGGUUCUUGAUGAACUCGGGAUAGAUACACUGUUGACCAGUGAUUGGGCCAAGUUGGAAAACCAACUUAAAGUAUUGGAGCCAUUUGGCAUGCACACAGAUCAGCUUCAAACAGAUAGCCAGUCUCUGUCAGAGGUGAUACCUUCCCUGCUAAACCUGGAGGCACAUCUCCAGUCAACUAGUGGAGAGAAAAAUUUGGCACAAGCUCUUCUCAAGUGUUUGCGCCAACGUUUUACAUGUCUGUUAGAUCCCAUUAGUGACUAAUUUGAUCCAGUCCCUGCAGCCGCAUGUCUAAUGGAUCCAACUGUCUCUCUAACCCUACAGUCUCCUGAACUAAUAUCUUUGAAAAGAACAGCAGAGUUAUUUGUAUUGACCGAGGCAGCGAAACACAAUCACACCAUAGAAGCACAACAAGAUGAGUCUACACAAACAGUAGCCGUUUCAGCAAACAUUACAGUCCUUCAGAAAUACAAGUACUUGGCUAAUAAAAUAAAUAGCUUAAACCCUGAAAACCAGCCUAGGCCAUCUGAAAGUGCUCCACUUGAAAUGCAGAAAUAUCAGGAGGAGGUUAGGCAGGGGGAUUUUACUGGAAAUCCUCUUCAGUUCUGGCAAGCCAGGGUGGCUGUGUAUCCUAAACUUAGCCCUGUGGCUUUGGACCUUGUGUGUGCCCCGGCCUCACAAGCAUUUGUUGAACGCAUAUUUUCAGUUUGUGGACAGUUGUCAUCUGGAUUGCGAAACAGAAUGACCAUUUCUCUAGAGCACAGAGUUUUCUUGAAAAUUAACAGAAAGAUGUAUAAUUGAAUCAGUCAGGCUGUUUUGUAUCACUGUUAUGGUGGGGCUUUAGUAAAUUGUGCAAAGGAGAAAGAAGCAUUUGUUGUUUCAAUUAUACCAUUUAAAUUAGGAUUACUAUUUUGCAUGCAAAACUGCAGUGUGUUCCACAGUCAGUUCAAAUUCAGUAUCUGGGUUUAUUUUUGUUUGUUUUUUAACAGGACAUACCUAUAGGUUUCUACUGACAUUAAAUAAAUGUUAUUUCCAAAAUUAUUAAGUCUACAGUUCUCUCAUUGUGGCACAAAAAUUAACCUCCACAAAAUUGCUUUAACCAUACUAUAAUUACUAAAACUAAAACUGAAACUAAUAUAUAUAAAAAUAAAAUAAAAAUGACUUUGUAAAAUAAAAACUAAACUAAAACUAAAAAUAUGGCAUGAAGGCUAACUAAAACUAAAUUAAAACUAAAAUUAAGACCUGAAGUAAUAUAAAAAUAAAAACUAGCAAAAAAAGUCAAAACUAUAAUAACUCUGGUUUA